GGUUGCCUAGCAAGUUUUACAUCUACGGUGCAAAGUUUGAAGACGUGUUGCUCGACUUCUGUCCGUGCUUUUACACCUUCAAACUCACAGCAGCUGCACUAAAACUAAUUUUUUUUCCGUCGAGGUCCAAGCGGCAACAUUGACGGUUCAAUAUGUCGGUCGCAGGAUUUAAGAAGCAAUUUUACAAAGCAAGUCAGUUGGUGAGUGAGAAGGUUGGUGGUGCAGAGGGAACCAAACUGAAUGAAGACUUCAAGGACCUUGAGAGGAGAGCAGAUGUGACCAGCAGGGCAGUGGUGGAAGUCAUUAAUAAAACAUCAGAGUACCUCCAGCCCAACCCAGCAACAAGAGCUAAGCUUUCGAUGCUUAACACAGUGUCCAAAAUCCGUGGGCAGGUUAAGAGUCCGGGCUACCCCCAAUCUGAGGGCCUCCUGGGGGAGUGCAUGACUAAGUAUGGACGGGAUAUGGGCGAGGACACUAACUUUGGUGGCGCUCUGACAGACAUUGGAGAGUCAAUGAAGAGGUUGGCAGAGGUCAAGGACUCUCUGGAUAUCGAUGUGAAGCAGAACUUUAUUGACCCACUGCAGGCAGUUGCGGAGAAGGAUGUCAAAGACAUUCAGCACCAUCUUAAGAAGCUGGAGGGCCGCCGUCUGGACUAUGAUUACAAAAAGAAACGUCAAGGUAAAAUCCCAGAUGAAGAACUUAGGCAGGCCCUGGAGAAGUUCCACGAGUCCAAAGAGAUGGCUGAAUGCUCCAUGCACAACCUGCUGGAAACAGAUGUGGAGCAGGUGAGUCAGCUGUCUUCUUUGGUGGAGUCUCUGCUGCAGUACCACAGACAGGCCACGCAGGUACUCGAGGAGCUUUCUGACAAACUGAGAGAAAGAGUGAAUGAUGCUCAGUCUCGGCCAAGGCGUGAAUACACACCCAAGCCCAGACCAGCCUUUGACUAUGGAGAUGUGGAACAAUCUAAUGGAAGUUACACCCCAGCUGCCACAAACCCUCCAGCUUACUCUCCUGCUCCCUCAGCACAAUUUCGCGGCCCAUCCUUCAACAGAUCCUCCAUCAAAAACAAAGCCCCUGAUCCGUGCUGCAAAGCCCUGUAUGACUUCGAGCCAGAGAACGACGGAGAGCUGGCCUUCCAUGAGGGCGACAUCAUCACCUUGGUCAGUCAGAUCGAUGAGAACUGGUUGGAGGGAAGCAUUCGCGGCAAAUCUGGAUUCUUCCCUAACAACUAUGUUGAAGUUGUAGUCCCUCUGCCAUAAUGAAAACAGCACGGCAAGAGAGGCACAGCAGGAAGAGAGGGGAAGAGAGAGCAUCAUUACUUCUCAAAAGAUAUAUUUUCUUUAUUUUUAUGAAAGGGUAAACAUCUUCAUACAGGGACUUUAUUUGUGUAUCUAAAGUUAAUAGCUUUGUUUAACAUUACAUCAAGAUUUAAUGGAACAGUCAGGACAGUUUAAUCAGAAAAAAAAACAGCAAAACAAAUGUUUAGGUGCUUUUACAAAAAUCUAAAUCCUUUCAUUCAAACUCUAUGCACCUAUGCACUUUGUACACCUCCACCACUGGGACUGAUGAAGAAAGAUCCAGAGAAAAUUAUAUUAGUAAAAGCAUGCUGUACCAUAGGAACAACCUCUACCCUUAGAGGUUUGCACGCACAGACAAACACACACACACACACACACAUACAUACAUACAGAGACAUUACAUACAUAUGUAUACACAUAAGCUUAUUAAGUAUAUAAUGUUAAAUUUUUUGAACUCAAAUAAAUCAAAUUCAGCAUAUUGGUACUUCACACAUUCAUUUCAAUGCAGUGUUUUAUACACCCAGUUUUUAGUUCUGUCUGCAGGCUUAGUGCUGUUGUUAUUGUAGAAUAGCUAGAGUCAACAUGGAGGACUGGCUGCCUCUUUAAUGAUUCAGACUAUCCUCCACUGCCCUCUGGUGGUACUAGUGAUCACUCUUAACCAUUUGUCAUAGAUGCUCUAUUAUCCCUUACUAUAUCCAUACAUGGCUGCUUGUUUUAUGUUUUAUGUUUGUCUUUUCCCUCAAAUAUCUAAAACUCAAAAAAAAAAACUGAGUCAAAUCAGCAUCUAUCAUUAACGGUCAGCUGUGUUAAAUGUUUUUCUAUCCCUACACUACUUUCGAAAAAACUGAAGCAGCUUUACAAACACUAACUCGGUUAAUUGAUGACAGAAAAGUUGUUUUAUGAUUGCUUUGCCUGGGAGUCCAGUUUUAUCACCUUCAUCACACUAAAGUAUACCUGGGGUUUCUUUAAUCCAUAGCUCCUCCAUUGUUUCUUACUGCACUCCAUUCUCUUCUUAUAGAGCUGAUGCCAAAGAAAUGUUGCACAUGUUUCCUGAGGCUGCUUUUUGACAUUAGAGGAAACAUUGUUUGAACGCUCAGUUCUUGGAAGUUAAUUUAAAUAUUUGCGAACGCCUUUUUCCCUUUUACUAACUGCAUAUUUUAAGAAAGAGAAGUCGUUGUUCCCAUUAUUGUUCAAACUCAACAGUAUGACACAAAAGAUUUCAGAAUCACUUGGAAGUCAUAAGAAUACAUACAUCAAUUCCUCUAUUUUCUCUGGCUUAUUGAUACUGCUGGCAGUGUCACUCACAUUGUUUUGUGAGCUUUUACUAAACUGUCUACACAUUUUCAGUCUGGGAGUUGUUUGCUUCAAAUAGUGCUGGGGUACGUUUUUGCUUUUCUACUCUGACCUCUAAUACAGAGCAUGAAAAUGAAUCUGAUGUGUUUUGGGUGUUUUUUGUACCUGCCUCAGUUUCCAGACUGAAACUGUGCACCACUCAUGACAGAAAAUGCUAUCUCCAAACUAUUGUGUGCAGCAUUUACUUAUAAUGAGGAAGGCCUUCACACAAUAGCUGGUUUCAGUUUCAAUUAAGCCUAUUACAAGCUGAGUGUGAACUGAAAAUGUUUGUUUUGUUCACUAAAAUACCAACUUUCUCCUCUUGUAAUGAUCCCGUUGUCAGAACGCCCCCCGCCUUACUCAUUGCUCCAAUCUCUGGUUUAACUGGGAGUGGAACAGACAGGUCUUUUCAGCUGGAGAGGGCACACAGCAAUGGAUUAUGCCCUCCCUCCCCCACUGGUCUUUAUUCACCACCUGCCCCCUUACCCCUGUCCCCUUUCUCAUUAUCUGCUCCAUCCCAAUCCCAUGGUGCCUCUGGUGCUCAGUCUCCUGGUCCACCCCUGGAAUAAUCUCAUUGUUGUCGUAGUAUGUGCCUCUUAAAUGAUAUAUUUUCAGUCCUGCUAUAUUCAUGUUAUGUGGAGGGCCAGGGGCUAUGCUGGGUAAUAAGUGUGUGGUUCAGGUGUGCGUUAACAUGCCUCAUUACACCAAACAAAAACCCUGGGAAGGAGAAUAUGAAGCAGGGAUUCCGGUUGAGCUAUUAUGUCGCUUGUAUAAUGUUGACGAUGAAUGAUGUUGUGGAACCAAGAUCAAUUUUUGUGUGCUGCUGUCACAGCUGAAAUACUUGUGUGAACACUACGGCUUCAGUAACACUGCAUUCGAUGGCUCUAUACCUGUUAGUGUCUCCACUUCACAAUAUUGUUAAAUGAAGUAUUAUCAGACUAAAAAGCUUUAUUUUAUUAUAACUUAUGUUAAUGGAAUUGUACGAGUUUAAAUGUAACUGCUUUGCAUGUGUCUUUAUUACAGCCUUUUGUGUCUUAAUGCAAUGAUUCAUUCCUGAACUGUGACAUGGGGGGGGACCAAAAGUGGGAUUAUCCUGGAUUAUCUUUAGGAUAUGAAUUACCUCUAUACUAAAUGUAAUCUUCUGUGUUUUAAGUAUUGUUUAUUUUUUACUAUGUAAAGGGGAGUGGAUGCUGUUCUUCAAAUAAAUAUUUAGUCAUUUGGCUCCUAA